ACCGUGGUUUGCAAGCGACGUCUAGGCUCCUAUGGCGGCCUCGGAUCAGGCUGGUCGUUCCCUGCUAGGCUGUGAUCUACCCGCAGUUCCCGGUGGAGAGCUAGAAACCAGAAGCAUCCGAAGCCUCCACAAGUAGCUAUGGUCAAUCAAACAGGUGAUAUUCUUCAGUAAUCAAGAUGUCCUCAGCACCUGAGCCUCCAACAGCAAAGAAAGACCCACCGAAAGAGAGGAGCUUUGAAAACCCAGGCCUCCGAGGGACGCACACGACAACCUUAUUUCGAGCUGUGAAUCCUGAGCUCUUCAUUAAACCUGUAAGACCUGCAUCCAGGAGACUUGUUCACUUUUCUGUAGCAUUGAACAAACCCGUAAUGGCUUUUGGAUUGGUAGCCCUUUCACUUUGUGUGGCUUACAUUGGUUAUCUGCACGCAACACAAGAGAACAAAAAGGACCUCUCUGAAGCCAUUGAUAGUGAAGGGCAUCGCUACAUGAGGAAAAAGACAUCUAAAUGGGAUUAAGUGCUGUUUCCUUGAGAUGGAACAUUAUUGCAGGCUCUGAAAUCUUUAAAUGAAAAACUCUCUGAGAGUAUGGAAUUAUGUUUCUUGAUCCAUAAUCUGUUAACAAGAGAGAAUACACAGUUGGAAGCAGUCCGCUGUGGUAAAUAUAGUCCUGUUACAGCUGCAGCUGUUAGCCCUUUCCCUUCCCACAAACGAGUGUCUCAAUAUUUCUUCUGUGAAAAUGCCAUAAGAAUGGGAAUCUUUUUUGUUCAAUUCUGUAUAAUAAAAGUACCCAGUCCUGUUAAA